AUGGUACACUCAGCCGAACCCUGCGAGGUCCCGGACGUACAGCUGGUCCCGCUCCCCCCGCCCCAGCCUGGCCCCCCCCCAGAGGCCCGGCUCGGCCCCCAUGUACGGCCGGCUCUGCCUCGGCCUCCACACCCUGCCAGUCCUCAGGGACCACCAGGGAGGGGGGCCGCUGGAGGGGGGGCUCCCACAACUGAUCUCCGGGCUCAGCGGGGGGUUCCCGGGGGUCCAGAACCAGAGACCCUUCCAGUCCCUGAUCUCUCCUGGGGGGGGCCUGGCUGGUUAUGGACCAGACAGGCUGCUGCAGAAGAUCCCCGACAUAGGAGAGGGGGGGGGGGCUGCUGACCUUCAAGAGGAGCAGGAGCAGACAAAGAUGAAUCCAGCAGAGUUGCCCCCCCCCUCCAUUGUGACCGUCUGCAGCCUCAUGGACUCCCUAAGCUCCACCUCCUCUCAGCGGGGGGGCCGGCGGGGGUCCAAUCAGACUCAGAUCAGCACCGACUCCUCCAUCCGCUCGGAGCCCCCCCCCCUCCGCCCCCCAGCUGCAAAAAGACUCCUACAGCAUCGUGGGGUCGCUCAGCGCGAGCCGGGGGGGGGGAUCUCUGGGGGGGGGGCAGGCAGUGGGAGCGACGCUACUGAGCAUGUGCAGACCGAGGAAGGACCUCCUUCCACCUUUACCUGUGGAGGGAAUGCCCCCCCCGCGGCCCCUCCCCAUGGAGGAGCUCCUGAACAUCCGGUUGGACCAGCUGACCUGCGACCCCUCGCUGCCCCCCUUCGACUCCCUGCAGACCUAUCAGUUCGAGGGGCGGGACUCCAGAGCCGAGAGCCUCAGCUCAUUGGACAGUGACGGGGGGAAUGGGGGGGCGGCGGGGGAGGGGGGGGGAGGCAUGGAGGAGCUGAACCAAAAGUUUCAGAGGCUGGUGGAAAUCAUCCGGGAGAGAGAGGGGGAGACGGGGG